CACUAACUCCCGGAAACCACUACCCGCGGGUGUGAGUUGGCAUUUGUCCACGAACACCCACGGGUAACCGACGUAGCCGUUGGUCUGCGGAGAUGCGGAGGAAUAUUGGGGUAAAGGAGGGGAACCGAGGCGAUGAACCAUGACGCCCAAGAUGGUUCACCUCUUCUGAGUGUCGUUCACGACUUCUUCUCUCAAUUCAUUGUUCCUUGCAGUUGACAGGAGGUAAUCUCGGCUAUUCUUGCCCUUUACAGUUUCUCCCAAAUCGUUACAGAAAAUAAUCACGUUUAGAAUACAAACAUGAGCGCAGCUAUCCGUGUUGUGCCCAGUAGGGCAGCCAGAGCAGUCAACCUGCUCAAGACAGUUCAAUACACUCAUCCUCCCUCAUGUCCAUGCCACUCCAACCCAGGCUAUCACCAGAACCAGACCCGGUCAACUGUGUCCCGAUACAAUGACCGGACCUCCCGGCGCAACUAUGCCACUCCCCAAGACACCUCCCAACUGAAGGAGUACGCCUUUGAAAUGGCCGCCUCCUCCAUCCGCUUCGGCCCCGGCGUCACGCAAGAAGUCGGCAUGGACAUCGCCAACCUCAAACCCUCCGGCACCGUGGCCGUCGUCACCGACGAGACCGUCGAGAAGCUCGAAGCCAUGCGCCAAGUCCGCGAGUCUCUCGACCGGGAAGGCAUCAAGUACAAGAUCUUCAACAAAGUCAAAGUCGAACCAAAGGACUACUCCGUCAAGGAAGCCAUCGACUGGGCCCGCACCACAGGCGACUACUCGGUCUACCUGGCCGUCGGCGGCGGCUCUGUCAUCGACACCGCCAAGCUGAUGAACCUGUACUCGGUCUACAAGGACGCCGACUUCAUGGACUUUGUCAAUGCGCCCCUGGGCAAAGGCCGGCCCGUGGACCGGAAACUGAACCCGCUCAUCGCCGUCCCGACCACGGCAGGCACAGGCAGCGAGACCACCGGCACGGCCAUUUUUGACUUGGUAGCCAAGAAGUCCAAGACGGGUAUUGCCCACCGUAACCUCAAGCCCACCCUGGGUAUCUGCGACCCGCUGAACACGCGGACGAUGCCGAGCGCUGUUAAGGCGAGUUCGGGACUGGAUGUACUCUGCCAUGCGCUGGAGUCGUACACGGCUAUUCCGUUUAAUGAGAGGACUCCCAGGCCGACGAACCCCAUCUUGAGACCGGCGUAUCAGGGGGCUAAUCCUAUUAGUGAUAUCUUUUCGCUGAAUGCGCUGAGGCAGACGGUCAAGUAUUUGCCUAGGAGCGUGAAGGAUCCGGAGGAUACCGAGGCGCAGACCGAGAUGUUGCUGGCGGCGACGUUGGCGGGUGUGGGGUUUGGUAAUGCUGGUGUGCAUUUGUGUCACGGCAUGUCCUACCCCAUCUCCUCCCAAAACAUCGCCUCCUACAAACACGCCGGCUACGACGUCCCUCACCCCAUCAUUCCGCACGGCGUCUCCGUGGCCGUCACCGCGCCCGCCGUCUUCCGGUUUACCGCCGCCUCCAACCCGGACCGCCACCUCGCCGCCGCCGAGGCAUUUGGGGUCGACAUCUCCAAUGUCAAGCGCGAGAGCGCCGGCGAGGUUUUGGCGGAGGCUAUCGCCAAGUUCCUGGCUGACUUGGGCGAUCAACCCGCUGGUCUGAAGGCCCUAGGUUUCGGAAGGGAACAUGUCGAGCAGCUGGUCGAGGGCACGAUCCCGCAGGCUAGAGUGUUGAUGCUGGCGCCGGGACUGGCGAAGGAGUUGCAGGCGGAGAGGGAGCAGUUGGGACGGUUGUUUGAGAAUGCGUUGGAGCAUUAGGUUUGGGUGUCUGGUGACUGGUGAGAAGGUGCCGUGGGUAAUGGGGGAUGGACUUGGUUUGUGUUGAUAUGUCGGGGUUAAGGUGUUAAGUAGAGGUAUGCCGGUGACUGGGGACUGCAUGAAGCGAUACCGACAUCUGCAGAGGGGA